AUGUCAUUAAAGUUUAUUACCGAAGCAGCGAAUCUAUUAUUACAAACUACUUUGAGCGCAAAUGUUGGUUUCACAGAAAUAUCUAUAAAUAAGGAAAAAUUUAUAUUUACUUAUAAAGAAGAAGAAUUGUUAAAAUUGGUUGAACGUUUAGAGUUACUAAAAAAACAACAACGCGAACAAGAAUACGCGUUACAAAAACAACAACAGAUAUCAUUGUCAACAUUUGCAGAACCAACUGAUGAAGUUGAAUUAAAAAAACGAAUCGAUGAAAAAAACCAGAUUCUUUUAGAUUUACGAGCAAAAAAUUUAGUCAAGGAUAAGGCAAUUGAAUGUAUCGAAACGGGAAAAGUUAUAUUAACGAAUAUUUUUCCAGAAGGAUCUCAAUUGUCACCUCAAGCAUUAUGUCUCAAGGAUAUGAUAAAUGAGCGUGAUCGUCUUGUAGUAGAAAUUUUGAAAUCUCAUCAAGAAUUAUUAAAAGCGCAGACUGAGUUAAUAGAACUUCAACAAGCUGUCAUAAAGCGUCACAGAGAUAAUAGGCAAUUAAUGAAACAAAUCAAUGAUAUGCGUACAUCAAUCUCUGAUGAUUCUGAUAGCCAAGACACAAAAAUGAUUCAAAGGACAAAGAGAGAACUGGCCGAUGCUAGAGCAAAACGUGAAGUUGUUCGGAAUGUAUUACAGGGUUUAAUACUUGAGAGUGGAAUAGAUUGGGCAGAAGAUGAACAUUUAUUAAAUUUAUUGCUAAUGAUUG